AUGGGGCUCCGCGAAAAAUACGGGAAACGCGGGAAACAGGGAUGGGGACAAUUAUCCCCCAUGGCGAGAAUCGAAACAAAAAUGGAGAUUAAUUCUGGGGACGAGAACAGGGAGCAGGGAGGCAUUCCCCGUCCCCCCCUGCCUCGCCCCACCCCGCCUCGCCCCAUUGACAUCCCUAGUUUUAAUGCAAGUACCACAAAGAAUUUCAAUAAUAUUCAAGUGGGCUUUUUCUCUACAGAGUAUAAAAGGGCAACUCAGCCACAUAACCUAGCUUUCUUCUUCCCCUUUUACGCCGCGAACCCUAUACCUACUACCCAGUACCCAGUCUGCCAGUCACCCACACUCCUCUCUCCCAUUCUUCGAAGAAGGUUCCACCUCCGACCUCCAUGCUUGAGAGAAGGAGAGGCUGAGGGAGACAGAGAACUCGGCAGUCGUCGCUCGAAGCCUCGAAAUCGUUCAUUCAUCGCCGUCGAAGGGUUGCCGUCGCAGGGUCGCCGCCGCAACAAAGCCAAAGCCGAGCAGCACUCCAACGUCCAACCAGUCCAUCGCCGAGCAGCAAUCCAGUCGCCGAGCAAGACUCCAGUGGCCGAGCCGCCGAACAACCAGUCCCUCUCCUGCAAAAACCCAAAACGCAACAGAACGAUGUCUUCGUCGGAUCCAACAAGCAAUGAGGUGCUCAAUGAGCAGACGCCUGAAGUUGGGGGUGAAAUUGUUGAGUCCGUGGUGCGUUCUUCAACGGACAGCGGCAUGCUUACCAAACCCCCGCCCCAUCCUAGAUCAAAGAAGAGGAAGGUUGAUUCAACUAAUGUGGGUGCAACUCCGGGAGCAACUCCUACAAAUCCAGCUCCAAGCACUAUGGAAACUGAUGAAGAGGAUGGCAAGGAUGAAGCUAAUGAAGGUAACAGAAAACCUUCUAGACCUAGAUCUUGGACUUGGGAACACUUUACAAAGGAUCCUAAGUCCAAGCCAUCAUAUCCUAGGGCUAAAUGUAAUUGGUGUGGUGCAUCAUAUGCAUGUGACUCUCAUAGAAAUGGUACAACUAAUAUGCGUUAUCAUUUGUUGAACCAAUGUAAAAAAUUUCCUAGGGACUCGGGUGACCCUAGUCAAACAAUCCUUACCUUCCAACAAAAAAAAGAGGGUGAAGGGGUAUUUACUGCAGUUACUUUUGAUGCUGAAAUGUGUAGAAAAACCCUUGCUAGGAUGAUAAUUGUUGAUGAGCUACUGUUCAAGUUUGUUGAGGGGGAGGGAUUCAGAUUCUAUAUGAGUAUUGUGCAACCUAGAUUUCCACUUUCGGAAAGGAUUACUGUUGCUAAGGAUUGUUGGAACCUUUACAUUAGUGAGAAGAAUAGGUUGAAAACUGUGUUCAAACAACAGAAUCAAUCUGUUUGUUUAACUACUGAUUGUUGGACUUCUGUGCAAAAUCUGAAUUAUAUGUGUCUCACUACUCAUUACAUUGAUCAUGAUUGGAAAUUGCAAAAGAGGAUUAUCAAUUUUUGUCUUAUUAAAAACCACAAGGGAGAAACAAUUGGUAGAAAAAUUGAGAGAUGUCUUUUGGGGUGGGGGAUAUCUAGAGUGUUUACAAUUACUGUUGUUAACGCUAGUUCUAAUGAUACUGCAAUAUCUUAUCUAAGAACUAGAAUGGAGGAUUGGAAUUUACAUCCUUUGAAAGGAGAGCAUUUGCAUGUUAGGUGUUGUGCACAUAUUCUUAAUCUUGUUGUUAAUGAUGGAUUGAAAGAGAUGGAUGAAUCUAUUAGCAAGAUAAGAAAUGCUAUUAGAUAUUGGUUUGAAGUUUCAAAAGGUGUUCAAGAGGCUAGGGGAGAGAGAGAUACAGAAUAUGCUCUAAUGCAAGGUGGGAUUCCGAUGAAUAUUGAUUGGGACAAUGCAAAACAUUUUAUGGAAUUCUUGAAAAUUUUUCAUGAUGUUAUAAAGAGUGUGUCUGGUAGUUUGCUUGUGACUUCUUCUCAAUAUUUUCAUGAGUUUUGUAAGAUCUUGCGAGUGUUUAAGUCUUCUUGUGGUAGUCGAGAUCCAUUACUUGGGAGUAUGGCUGAGAGGAUGAAGCUUAAGUAUGACAAGUACUGGGGUAACAUAAAAAAGGUCAAUAAGAUGAUUUUUAUUGCUGUGGUUCUUGAUCCUAGAUACAAGUUGAAGUUUGUGAACUUUAGCUUUGAAAAGCUAUAUGAUAAGGAUGAUGCUGAUUUUUUGGGUGCAAAAGUGAAAGAGACCUUCUCCAAGAUGUUUGAAUGCUAUGUGAAUUCAAAUAAUGGGGGUAGAUCUUUUACUUCAACAACAAUGGAUGGUGCAUCAGAUGUGGGAGUACCUGAUGGCGACAUGGCUGGUAAAUUCUAG